AUGCAUCCCUCAAGUAGAGGGCGAGGCGGAGGCCGUGGAUCUUUUAGGAGAGGGGGUCGUGGUGGGCGAGGAGGAGUUAGUGGACGUGGUCGUCGAACUCCAGGUCCUUUAGACGGGGUGUCUUGGAGUGAACUGCAAAAAAUGUAUACGCCAGAAGGGCCAAUAGACGCUUUUCCUGAGCGCGAACUUGCCUCAAUUAAGCGGCCAAAUGAAGAUGAAGAAGAAAUGAUGAAAUUUUUAUUUGAUUUCAAGGCAGCAUUAAAAGAUACAGCAUAUUAUUGCUCGACUCAAAAACCUAAACCUGUUCUCCAACGAUAUCGUGAUGAAAUCCGGCCACAAAAAUCAAAACCAUCGUUACGAGAUAUUCAAACUGAAUUAGAAUUUUUUCCUGAAGAACUUCAUGGUGUAAUCGAUCCCUCAAAGAUAUUUACAGCUGAAGCAAGAAGGAAAAAGGCACGAGUUGAUAUUAACACAAAGCUUGAUGAGCUGCUAGUUGCAGAGAGUAAAGAGAAACCACCGAAUUACUUUGAUAAUGGUGAAGUGGAUGAUCCGUUGUUGGGAGAUGAAGAAGGAAAUGGAGGUUAG